CAAUAUUUGGAUUGAAAAAGAUGGGUGGAGGAAGAAGAGGGAGACAAAUUUCUUUUGAAGUUAUUCUUAAGUUCAGCACUUUAAUAAUGUGGAUUGAUGCUUUUGUACCUGUCUGAACCUGGCUUUCUUGCACUGUCCCUCUCUCAGAAUAGGUGGAAAAACUGCCUGGACCAUUAGAGUUCAGCAUUUGUACUCAGAAAGUGUCAUAUGGUGCCCAGUAAAAGCAUGUAGCAGCUUCUGGUCUUAGAAAGGUAUUAAGAUUGAAAAGGACUUAAAGAGUUUUGUGAGUUUUGCAUUACUGAACUAAGCUCUGGGUGUACUGUGAGAGAAUUACUGAGUAAUUUUCCUGUCUCUCUAUUGCUUAAUCCCUGUAAUCAGUUGUUCAAUUUCUGUUUCUGUGAUUUACUUAGGAGCGAUGGGGAGACAGUAUUCUGUUCACCAUUGCAGUUGUUUUGUGCUCUCUAUUUUGUCUGUCAUGUGCUUUGCAGUGACCUGGAGCUUGACUGUUUUUUGUAAUAAUAAGCAUGUUUUCAAUACAAAAUAUGUAAAUAAUAGCAAUAGUAGAAGUUGCUGAAGUGAAGGAGCAUGAAAUUCUGGAAACAAAACUGUUUCUAAAGUUUGUGCAAGUCCCAGAUUUACUGCAGCCAUUCUAUACUGAUCUGAUCUUGAUGCACUAGGCUUCUAAAAGCACGUGUGGAGCUCUUGAGGGGGAGGGGGUUGGGGUUUUGGUGGUGGUGGAGCUGAGUAGACCCACUGCUAACCCACAGUGUUUCACUCCUCACAAACUUAUUAAAUGUACCAAGGGAAAAUAGAUAUCUAUGUGGUUCUUACUCAUACGAGUUGAACUUAUUUUAUAGUCAACUCAAACUAGUUGGUAACAGUUGAAAAGUCAAUGAACCAAAGCGGUUCUUAAUUAGACAGUCCUUAGGCUAACUGAAGUAAAACUCAAAUAUCCUAGUGAUUCAUUUAUUCUCAAGAUAAACUGUGCAUUUUUUAUGUUAAUCAAAUUACAUUAUAAACUGAAUUUGGCAGGACUUGACAGACUAAGGUUUCUUGUUUUGUAUGGAAAAUAUGAUAGUAUUGCCAAUUUAUAAAACUGAAAACAAUUUGAAGAUUCAGAAAAUGUUUCUGGUGAUUCCUCAAGGGAGCUUUUAUUGAUUCGCCUUUUUCAAUUUGUUGUCAGUCCGUUGCUUUUCAAAGUGCUUCCAUCAAAAAUUACUGUUCAUUUAUGUUACUGUAUGUCAAAACGAUACUUGGCAAAAUAUUCUCAAAAGUGAGAAAUAUCCAGUACAGAAGUGAUGGAUAAUUCUAAUCCUCCAGUUCUUACAAUUUGUCUGUUUUAAAUACACUGAGUUAUGAAAAGCAUUCUUCAAAAAGAUUAUUGCCUCUUCAGUGAACACUUGUGGGACUAUAAAAUAACUGAUGAGCUUUAAGUCAGUAAGUGAAAGUGAGUGUUCUUAUUUUAAUGUAUAUAUAAUUAGACAUCUUAAUGAUUGAACUGUAGGCAUUUAUGUCUUCCUGAAAUGAAGUCCCAUUUGUUUUGAUUCAUAUUUGUUUUUUCAAGAAAGUCUGUGCAUGAUGAUUUCUUUCUGUCCUUCCGUGUCCUGCAGGCAGACAAAAUGAGGGUGUAUCUUGGCUAUAUCUACGCUGUUGAAGAUAGUUGCCCCAUAGAGUAAUCCUUGCCUCCACGCAGGGCUAGGUUAACGCCUCGAGAUGUGGUGGUGCCUCUAACAUUGAUGUGCCCACUCCAGGAGCGCAGGACUCCUCUGGAUGCCACGUGUGGCCCUGGGACAGACUUGCACCCAAGUAACAGACUAGGUUGCUUGAAUUCCCACCAGUUUGUUUUAUUCAGCAUGUUGUUAUGAGCAAAACAGGGAACACAUCUUAGAUGCAGAGCCAACAGUUGAUUGUUAGUCUAAUUAAAAUCUUAACAGUCUAACCAAAGAUUUGGUGUUAGUCCAGAUAUGAACAUGGUCAAGCUAUAUAUGGUUACAGUGGUAUAGGCACAAACUCUAGAACCAAACCCUUUCUCUGGUGUUAUCUUUGCCCACACACUCUCCCUCUGGGAUUUGACUGGCUUCAGCUGGGAGGGGGAAGUCUUUACAGCAGGUCAUCAGCAUCCCAAAUCCUUCCCUGGCAGGAGGAGGAUGGUGAUGGUUUCUUCCUCCUUGACUUGGGAUCAUUUUUAUAUGCUUGUUAACACACCGUGCACCUUGCUCUUUAUUCUGUUCUAUUCUAUUAAUUGAUUCAUGGUUCCACAUUACAUCUGAAUUUACUACAUGUGGUGUGUUUUACAUAUGUUGAGUACUUGUUCUUUGUUCUGUAUGUUGCCUAUAAAACUGGUUUUACCCAGCUCCCAAGACUGUGUCCGUUGAUGACCAGUAAUUGAGCACAGAAAAAUGCAUUCUGAAUGAUAACUACUGCUUGCUGAACUGAACUGCAAAGAUCUCAUGCUUUGGAGAUGAAGAUAAACCCAAGGAAAUAAUCCAGCUGCUGCCAUUGUGGCAACUGAAAGAUCCUUUGUGUCAAAAUGAACAGUCUUUGAGAAAAAUCUGGAAAGCCAUUAAAUCUGAAAAAUGGGAGAAAGAGUAAGGAGCCCAGAUUCUGAACAUGACAGGAAAUCAGAGGGGGAUAAAAAUAGUGACUCCUAUUAUUCAGAUGAAGAUAAUGCAUCUCGUUCAUCUGGCCAGUCGCCAACACUAAGCUAUCCAUCUACAAGCCAAGAAAAAAGAGAUCACAAAACACAAACUUCAAACAGCCUUGUGCACUACCAAGCCACAAAGAAAUUGGGUUCCAAAUAUGCACCAAGCAAAAGAGGGACGCAGUGGGGUUUCCGUUCUCAGAGCCUCACUAGGGAUUCUCCUGCAAAAGAUAUAGAUCUUGUUACAAAAAGAGUUCUUUCAGCUAGGCUGCUGAAAAUCAAUGAGCUCCGAAAUGAACUGACUGAACUCCACAUCAAACUAGAUGAGCUGCAGAAGGAAAACAGGGCACUGAAAAGGCUUCAGCACAGGCAGGAGAAAGCCUUGAAUAAGUUUGAAGAUACGGAAAACGAAAUCUCUCAGCUCCUUGCUCGGCACAACAAUGAGAUUAGAAUACUAAGGGAGCGCCUACGAAAAUCUCAAGAGAGAGAACGUGCAACUGAGAGACGUCUGAAAGAUUCGGAAGAUGAACUGUACAGAACAAAAACUGUCUUGCAGAAACUGAAGAAGCUGUCUGCAGAUAAGCACCUUGCCGAAAGAGAUGACCUGGCAAAGAAACUAGCCUAUGCAGAGAGCAGGCUAGAGGACAGUGAAAAAAGAAUUAAGGAUCUGGAAAAAAAUCUUGAAUUGAGUGGUAGCAGUUUUCAACGAGAGUUACAUUCAAAGAAGAAAAAGAUGUAUGAGGCUCAAGAAGAAAAUAGAGUUCUCCAAGAAGAGCUUCAUCAACUAAAUCAGAAGCUGAAGGAAAAAGAAAGAGAACUUGAAGCAAAAAAUAUAUAUGCUAAUCGUAUGUUGAAGCUAUCACCGAGAAAAGACACGGAUAUUAUACAAAGAAAAAGAGCCAACAACCAAAAUAUUAAAAAAGGAGCACAGCUCACAAAAGGUGUACAGACCAGUGGAUACUUCUCACCAGUAGAAUUUCUUCCCGAAUCAGAACUUGUCUGUGGUGACACAGUAAACAAGAAAGAAGGAAUUCUUCCUAAAAUAGAAAAAGAAACUCAAGACAAGGGAUGGAAAGAGCAAGCAGACCUCCUCAGACAAGACCAAGACAGGGACGAGAAACUGAAACGUUUUCCGGAGAUACAGGCUUUAGAGGAGAGGGGUCUAAAACUUCGCGAUGAGUGGGAAAGGGAAGAAUAUGACAAAAUGAAAAAAGAAAGCAGCUUUUUAUUGGAUAAAGAAGAGAAAACAAAGAUGGAGACAGAAAUCCACAAACCUGAAGUAGAGAGAGAAAGCACUGAAAUGCUGGAAGAGCGGCGAAAAAGAGAGUUCCUGCUUACUAAAAUGCAAGAAAUUGAUAGAGAAACGCAAAAUAUAACAAACGUGAAACCUGCUUCCCAAGCACCACUCAUAAAUACAGCAAGAAAGUCUGAUUCCCUGGAGAAAAAAGAAAAAACUAAUCAAUUAUUUGAGAUUCCCGGGAAGGUUACUAAUGGAUUUCCUGCAGAUGACAGCCAGGAUGAUGCCACAAGAGCACAAGGGCAGAAGCAACGAAAUCUAAGGACUGUAGAUUUAAGUAGUAAGUUGACAUUUGGUAGUUAUGUACCUUCCUUUGGGAAAGGAUCGGGGAGACUGAGUUGGCUUACUCAAAAAAGUGACAACUUGGAAGAAAAUGUUAAGGAAAAUGCAGAUUUCAAUAGUAAGAAAGAAAAAAAGUCCAAUUUAAUGGAGCAACUCUUUGGAAGCAGUGCCAGUACCAUUCUUUCUAAAAGUAACGAUACAACACCUUUUGACAUAGAUUGGGACUCUAGUAAUACUCUUCUUGUCGAUAAAAACAGUAAAGUCAAAGAAGACAAUGAGCUUUUUGGUGAAGGAAGAAACCUAAACAGACACCGUUUGCAACACACUACAAGCAAGCCAGGAGUUAAGACCCUUGGUUCUUUAGAGGAUGAAAUUGAAGAAGUAAUCUUACAAUGAUCAUAUUUUUGUAUGUUUCAUAUGUAAAUACUGAAAAAAUAUUUUCAUGUAAUAUUUAUUAGAUACAGAUUUGAAACAUUUCAGAUAUAUUGUAAAGCCUUAUGAAGGAAUAAUUUACAUAAAUGGGAAUAUGUAUAGAGGAAAGAUGCACUUUGAUAAAACAGCCUAACCUACAUGCAGGAAAUUUCGUCUGAAAUGUAAUAUCCAAAUACAGACCUUGGAGAUCUGGCAGUGACUCUUUUGGCAGAAAGACAGGGAAGGUGUCCUGAGGGACUUUGAUAGAUGAGGUAGGUGCUGGCUGGCUGCUUCAGUCAAUCAGAGAAGAUGCUUUUGCCCCAACUUGGGCUUCAGACCGACUGUCCCUGUUGCCGUGUGGCACCAUCUGACUUGUGCAGCUGUGGCCUGGGGUCCACGAGGCUCGGCAGCGCAGAGCUGAUAGGGAUGCUGUAGGAAUGGAAGGACUUGCAGAGGCUUACGCUCACUUGCGCCCUUUGCUCACGUUCUCUCUCGCACCCUUUGUGCUCCCUCUCCCUCUUGCUCUCUUGUGCACUCUCUCUCUCACUCUUGCCCUUUGCUUGCUCUCGCCCUCUCUCUCUCGCCAUCGCUCUCUAAAUUUUUGAGACUUACUGAUGUGUAAUGGUAUGUUAAGUAAAAUUACACGUCUCACAAGGGAGCAUUAUUAUUUACUGCAGAAUAAGUUGGCUAAGAAGUCGGCAAGCUUUUACGUGGCAGCCCUGGCAUUCAGGGCAGCUACUAGAUGAGGAUCUCUGGCUAGCCAGCACAGGAAUUGUUGGGGUUUUUUUACACGUAGGCUGCUCACAGUACACUGCUUUUCAUUUGGAGUACUUCUUUUAGGCGUCAGAUACUUUCUUUUUCAGGCACUCGGAGAGCCUCUUAACUGUGUCACGAGAAGGCACGUGUAACAUCAGUGUCAUGAAAUGGAUAGAAGAGACGUACCUAGAACAAAGGCUCAGGUAGAAAGAGAAUAUUCUACACUGCAAUCAUGUUAUCUCAGAAGAACAUCAACAGAAAGAAAAUUAACUCAGGAACAGCUGAUCUCUCUUCUGCAUAGGUUUUCUGUAGACCUUACCACCAAGUUUGUCUAACUCUUCUCAUAUAUUCAGGUUAUAUUUAUUAUAUAAUGCCAUUUUUUGUAAUUUCUGAAUUUUCUAUGUAAAAUUCCAAUUAUUACUAAGUCAUUUUUUAACAAAAUGGUUUUAUUAAAUGACUUGAGUAAAA